CUCUCUGUGUAUUUCAAACCAGCACACAAAACUUUACCCCACCACCCUUUGGAUUCGCCGUUGCUUCUGGAUAAAGCGUUUUCUUCCUACCCUUUUCCGCACUUUGCUCUUUCAAACCUUCUGAUUCUCUCUUCUCUUCUUUCUUUCUUUCAAUUUUCUUGAGAAAUUUUGAAGAAAAUCCUGUGUUUUUCUUGAAUCUUUUAAUGGCUGAGGUUUUUACCAAUACCAGUUUGGUUUCUUCUUGGCUUGGCCACACACAACAACACCACCAUAAUCAGAAGUUGAUGGUGUCCAAGGUUGCCAAGAGUUGUAGCUUCCCUUCUUUGAAGCUGAAGUCUCAGGCUCUCAGAUCUUCACCCUUUUCAUCAGAGUUUCAUGGUAAAAAACCUGUAUUUCGUGUUAAUAGAGCAAUAUCUAGCAGACCCAGAUCGCAGUUUCCACCUUCAAACGGUGUUCAGAUGACCUUAAGAUUAGGGAAAGUUCAGAAAUGGUGGGAGAAGGGUCUUCAACCAAACAUGAGAGAGGUGACUUCGGCUGAAGACCUUGUUGACUCUCUUUUGAACGCAGGGGAUAAGCUUGUGAUUGUUGAUUUCUUCUCUCCUGGUUGUGGUGGCUGCAAAGCUCUUCAUCCUAAGAUUUGUCAACUGGCUGAGAUGAAUCCGGAUGUUCAGUUCCUUCAUGUGAACUAUGAGGAACAUAAAUCUAUGUGUUAUAGCCUUAACGUUCAUGUCCUUCCCUUCUUCCGCUUUUAUAGAGGCGCUCAUGGUCGCUUAUGUAGCUUUAGCUGCACAAAUGCCACGAUCAAGAAGUUUAGAGAUGCAUUGGCCAAACACACUCCCGAUAGAUGCAGUUUGGGACCAACCAAAGGGUUAGAGGAGAAAGAGCUCCUAGCUCUUUCUGCCAACAGAGAUCUUUCUUUCACAUACUCGCCUUUGCAGCCUGCACAUUCCCCUGCAAAUGAAGAGUUUGCAACGGAAGCUGCUCCUGAGUCCCUCCCUUUACCUUCAUUGACCUCCAAGUCGGAGUCCUCGGAACAGAGAACCCUGACCACUGCUGGGAGAUGAUGUGGCCAGUUUGUAAGCAAACCCCAUCUUUUGACUUCAUGUAUGUUUGGAUUUCCGCUGAACUCUACGCAAACGGGGAACGGAUCGCUUGAAAUCCCUUGUACAGUAUAGGUUUGGUGAAGUUGCUUAGGUUUGGUGAAGUUGCUUCGCUUGGUAUACCUUUUGAGAAUGAAGGUAUCAUUGAAGAUCAAGUUACAAAGUGUGUAUUCCUCCAAGGCAAUUGGAUUUAUGUUUUUUUGGAUCCAUGCCUUGUUAAUAUUAGGCUAGAUAGUAGCUGUAGAAAUAUUAGUUUUGCCCUUCUUGUGUAUUUGAGGAAUCCCUUCCUACUGUUGUAAAAUGAAUGUCAGUUUAUUUUCGGGGGGAUGAUCUCACUUGUAUUCUAUUUAUGAGGCAGCUAUAUAUAGUAACCUUUUUCUUCAUGGUAAAA